AUGGCCUCGUCGUUGGGCCAGCGGACGCUGGUCACGUUCGUGCUCGAUGUGUCGGAGCCGAUGGGUACAAGUGAUGGCGGGCGUUCGCGCCUCGACCGAAGUACGGCGUUUGCAUCGCUGCGCGUACUGGAGAUGAUGUUGCGGGGCCUCGCGACGAUCAAAGUGUGCCUCAUAGCGUAUGGUUCCGAACGAACCAACAACAUCGUGCGCCGCAACGGUGUAACCGAAGGAUACGAAGGUGUAGAUGAAGUGUGGCCGCCGUCGCGGCCGACGCUCGCGACGCUCGAAGUGCUCAGCGCGCUGCGUCCUGCGCGACGCGCGACGCGCUGUGACCCCCUCGACGCGCUUAUUGUUGCGAUCGUAUCCAUGGUCGACAAGCAGCACGGCGAGCCGUCGCCGGCGUGGACGCGCAUUGUGUAUCUCGUGACGCGCGCCGACGUCACGCUCAACACGGCCGACGUCGAGAUGAUCAAGGCGCGGCUCGCGCAAGAGUCCAUCCAGCUGCGCGUGAUGGGAUUUGAUUUCCCCGCGUCGCCGAUGCAGGCGCCGAAGCUCGAGGCGCCGCCCACCGUGCCGUGGUUCAACGUGGGAUUCUGGCGCACGAUGCUUGACGGCCUUCCUCAUGCGGCGUACGCGAGCGCCGAAGACGCCGAAGAGCAGGCGCUCCUUCCGAAUACACAGCUCGCCAGGUCGGCGCCGACCAGUCUGCAGCUCACGUUUGGGCGUCCGGAUGGCGACGAGGCGCACACGCUCUCGAUUGCCGUGCAGCUCCUCAAGGCGACCGCGGUGCAGCGCCCCAUGACCCAGCGCAAGGUGCUCAAGAAAGAGGACGGCGCGCCACAGGCAGUUGAUGCACGCCGCGUCUACUACAAGGUCGCCGACGUACUCCAUGCCGAGGACUUGGACCAAGUCAAGCCGCUCCCUGACGAGAGCCACGCGUCGUUCCAGCGCGCCUUUAAGCUCGGCGCGUCGCUCGUGCCGAUGCAACAUGCGAUGGAGGCGCCGCUCGAGACGCACCAAGGCCUCGAGGUGCUGCACUUUGUGCACGCCUCGACCUACCGUCGCGAGUUCCACCUUGGCGAGACGCACUACGUCAUCGCGAAUCCCAAGUCGCCGCGCGCGCAGAUCGCGCUCUCGAGUCUGGUGCAGGCGGCGCUCGUCAAAGACGUGUAUAUCUUGUGCCGCCUCGUCUCGCGCGAGCACGCGGAUCCGAAGCUGUGUGUCCUUGCGCCGCUGGUCGAGCAGGAGAUGGACUGCUUCUGCAUGACGCGCGUCCCUUUCCGCGAAGACGUGAAGCGCUUCGCCUUCCCUCCUCUGGACCGCGUGCCGACCAAGACCGGGAGCGAAUUGACAGAGCACGCGACGAUUCCCACCGCGGCGCAGCAGCAGGAUAUGGAUGCGUUUGUCGACGCGAUGGAUCUCAUGGACAUGGACCCCGACGGGGACGCCGAGGGCUGGUACGCGCCCCAGCUCAGCUUCAAUCCUGCGAUCCACGGCGUGAAGAACGCGGUCAAGUGGCGCUUCCUCGCACCGGACAAGACCGAGCUACCCGAGCUGCACCCCGUUCUGCGCCAGUUCCUCGCGACGCCGGACGACGCCGAGGCGCGCGCCCGUCCGGUGCGCGACGCGUGUGCGAAUGCGUUUGCGCCGCCGCAGCGCGCCGCCCCGAAACGCGACGCGCCUUCCACGCCGAGCAAGAAGCCGCGCGCCGACUCGGACUCGGACGCGACGCCGGACGAAGACGCACCGGAUGUCUCUACGGAAUACGUGGCUGUGCCCGACGGACGCAUACGCACCGCGCACGCCGUCGACGAUUUCGAGGCGCUCGUGUACAGUACCGAGGCUGUGACGGAGACGUGCAAUGCGAUGCAGCAAGUGCUCUUUGCCCUUAUUGCACAGAACCCAUCGGCCUCCCAAUUUCCCGCCAUCUGCCGCGCCUUGCAUGCAUACCGCGCGGCAGCGAUGGAGCUCGAAGAGGCCGUGCCCUUUAACCGGUUUUUGCGCAAAUGGAAGAAGCGCGUGCUCGCUAUGGUCCCUGCGCUAUGGGACGACGCACUCCAGCACCGCGAGGAUCUCGGCCUGAUCACCCACGAUCAGGACGCGGCACACCGCUCCGACGUCACGGCGCAGGACGCCACCAUGACGGAGCAGCGGCGCGUCGAGCUGCCCAAGACGGCGCAGCUGCUAGCGUCCGCAUGCAAUCCGUGCAUGGACCUGAUUGCGCUGCUGUGCCUGGAUAGCGCACCGCCACUCGCGGCGGUCGGUCCACCGGGCCUGACGCCCGCGCAGCUUGCGAUGCGCCAAAAGAUGCUUGCUUUUCAGGCGCGUCGCCUCGGCGUGACGAACCCAGCGGCAGGCCGCCAGCAGCAGUCUGGCGCGCGCCGUGGGCCCCAGAUCAAGCUGGCACUGUGGCGCUCGGGUGCCAAGAGCAACCAGGUCUGGGAGGUGGACGUCGUUCUUCCAAAACGCCUCUUUCCAGAGACGGACGCCAAGGACUUUGCCGAGACGGUGCGCGUCGCACAGGUUUGCUGGAGCCCAAACGGCGAACGACUGGCUGUGCGCUUGUUUGCGAUGCGCACAGGCGCCACGUCCGUGCACGCCUCGGCCCUGCUCCUCUAUUCCGUGUAUGACGGCAGCGUCCUUUAUACUCGCACGCUCCCUUAUCAGCCGUCAGGCUCGGGCGGCUCGUGCAGCAUGCAGUGGAUACCUCUGGAGGUGAGUCGCGUGCCGUCGCAAGCGCUCGCGAUGCUACAGGCGCUUGCGCCGCUCCCACCGGUCGAAGACGUCCAGGCGCAGCCGGCGCAUGUACGCCCGAUCCCUGGCGCACGCCAUGCGGCUCCGGCCGUGCCGAAACCGAGCGCAGGCAUCGCGCAAGGCGACGGAGUCCUUGCGCAGCUCCCUGCACUGGCGCAUGCCGCCGACGAUGCCGAGACCGUGCAAACGUCGCUUCUCUAUGUCUUCGACGAUACCGGCGCGCUGUCCGUCUUUUUGGACGGUACCGUGUGCCUUGGUACGUGCGGCGUGCUUGCCGAUGCGGUGCUUGUGCACGCCGCACCGCGCCGUGCGGCAGUGCUCGGCACGUCGCUCGCGCAAGUGUCGUUGCCGCUGCACGGCGACCGCCUACUGGCCGUGCACCACCUCGCUCAGCUGAGCACGGCACUGCAGCACGAGCUUGCACAUGCAGCAGAUGCCGUGCACUGUGCGUCACAGGCGUGGCGCACGCUCGCACGUCCCCGCGCCGCUGAAUGGCAUACGCAUCUCGAGGACCUCGCCAAGCGGUACGCGGUCGACAUUGGCCUCGAGCUCAUGACGCUCGUCAUGACCGGGCGCGCGGCGCCUGCAUCCGAGCAGCUGCUGUUGCACAAUCUAACGGAAGGCACGACGAUUGCCAUGGAGCAAGACGCACGCCGUGGCCUCAAGCUUAUUCGGCGGUACGCUGGCACGACGCUUGUGCCGGCAUGUGAGCACAUGCUCAUCUUGCUCCAGGAACUGCAAGGAUGUGCACAGUGGCCCGAGCGCUUUGCGUCGUUCUUGGGCCAGGCCGAUGUCGAGCUUGCGCAGCUCGUUGGCGACGUGCAGACAUGCCAUGCCGUUGCGAUCGCUCUGCAAGAGCAGACGGAGCGCGAGCUACUGGCCCUCGACGAGUUUUACAAGUGGUGGCGCAUGGAACAAGACCGGCAGGAGCGGCUCAAGUCCGAAGAGGCGCCGCAUGUCAUUACCUCGCACGACACGCUCACGGUGCUCGAGCUGCUGCGCCGCGGCUUUCUCUCGCCGGAGCUCGACGCGCUGCUUGGCGCGCCCGAGCCGCCGAAGCGCGAUGCGGACAUGUCGGCGGACGACUCGAACGUCGCGCCGCCGAUCACCGACGUCGGCGAAGUCGUGUACAGCGCGCCGAGCGAGACCCCGCCGCCGAGCGCAGCCGCAGUGCGCGAUACGAUCGCGUGGCUGGAGAACGGCGCGCCCGACCGUCCGGCGGACGGCAACGUGUAUGCCGUUCCCCAGCUCUUUUCCGAGCCCGAGUCGCGUUUUCACGGCCCACGCACGCUGCCUGGCGAUGCACGGGCGCUUGCUGAGCGUUUCGAAGGCGUGAGUGCACGCCUUGCGUCGCUCCUUUCCAACGCACUUGGUCAGACCCUCGAGCAUGUGAGCAGCGCCGAGCAUGCGCUUCCCCUCGGUGACGUGUUGUGCCGCGAUGAUACCCUGUGCUCCCUGCCGCCCGACACGCCCCGCACGCAGCUGCACCCCCAGCUCGUGCGCAGCGACGGGCCGUAUGCGGUGCUUUCCGACGCGGAGGCCAGCCGGCUGCAUGUACUGCACACCGAUGAAACCGAGGUACGUGUCGUGGACGUGGCGCUGCCGCCGUGGCGUGGUGCGGCGGUGCGCAUGGUCGAUGUAGCGUGGCUCCGGCCUGGGCACCUGCUUGUCCUCGGCACGACCGGCGCCUUUUUCCUCGGCGUGCUCGCGGUGGACGACCCUCAUGCGUGGCGCGAUGUGGUCCCACUAGCGUGGCACGACCUGACAAAAGAGCGCGAGGCGAUCGAGCCGAGCCGCCUUGCGGUGCGCCGCGCGUCAGACACGCUUGCCGUGCUCGGAAGCGACCAGCGGACGCUUGCGCACUAUGCGCUUCCUCUCCCGAGUGACGCGAUGUAG